AACGACUUGUUGAAAGAAGAAUUGGAGGCCGAGCGCAAAGGAUGCGGCCGUUACAGGACGAGCUGCGUACGUGCGGCGUUGAAAAGGAGCCCGUUGGACGAGUCGGAAUGCGCGAAGAAGUUGAUGGAGAGCCGCGAGCAUGCGGAGCUCCUUUCGCAGUUCCAAAAGGGCAUGGAGCAUCUGUCCACGUGCAAGAGGAAAAAAUGUUCGGUGUGCUCGUACACCAAGUCGACGUUCGGGAACAAGGGUCGACAAAACAAAAAGUUAUUCUCCUGCCUUCAAACGCCGUUCAUGGAGGUGCGCAACAUGCUGAAGCCGCCGCCAUCGCCCGUCCACGGCGGCACCAACGAAGGUGAGAGCCUGUCCGAGUGGUUCUGCCCUUUGGAGGAUCCCAGCGAAUGUUCCUCACUGAGUCUGCCCUUCGCCGAACUUGCCAUUUCCUACAUGGACGAUGGAUCGGACUUGAACGUCGCGCGGUACGGAGAGACCGACAUCAUUCCCUUCAAUCACGACGCCCUCAGCCACCUCGCCAACAACAGCACCAGAGGCUUCGGAAGCGAUUCCGGCUUCUCUUCGGAUGUUUGCGCGGAUUACAAGAGCGACGUGACGACGCCAAAAGAGAAGUUCAGCCCGAAAGGUACACUCGACGACGCCGAAUGCGCGAAGCUGACCCGGACGAAGUGGACGGCCUCCUUCCGGAAGCUCAUCAACAAGAUCAAAAAGUCGAUGGACGGAUGGAUUUUGCAAGGGAUUGUUGUAGCUUUUAGACUGAUUUCGGGGAAGAUGGAAAACCCAUUUUUUUAAUUACAUUAACUAACAAAAAAAAAAGAUA